UCGAGUCGGACCACUGCAGGAGGGGAGGAUGUGGGAACAAAGAUCGCACCUGAGCGAAAACAAACGCCGCUUGAGGACGGGCGACUAUCUGAUAAAAUUGAUGUUUAUCCUCUCCUAAAUUUGUCACACCAGUGAAAGCGUGAAACUCGCAGUAAUGUCAUUAGCCAAAUGGUUUCUUCGUGCUAGCUAUGUUUAAUAGAAAUUAUGACGAAUCCAGCGGUAACGGCCUGGUAGCAGCGACAAUGCUCCGGCCUGUCAUAACCGGCCUCUUCAGAUUUUGUCCGUCACAUCAAUGACCAUGGAUGUCAGAGCGGUUCUGGAGUUCGCCACAGUCACCAGGGGCCUCUCACUGUUUUUGCAGGCUGUCUUGAACGCUGCCAUCCCUGACCAUGAAGCUGAUGCAUUCAGGCCCCCGCGCACAGAGGAGCCUCUGUACUUGGACUCUGUAGUGGAGUGGUUAUUGGGUGGCCUCUCUCAUUGGGACGCCGAGCACUUCCUCUUCAUUGCUGAGAGAGGAUACCUCUACGAGCACAACUUUGCUUUUUUCCCCCUUUUCCCUGUUGUCCUCCGAGGCCUGGCAGAGACGCUGCUGUGGCCCCUGAGCGGCUGGUUGAGUGUGCGGGGACGACUGCUCGUGGCCGUUGCUUUGGGGAACAGUGCCCUCUUCCUGCUGAGUGUGGUUGCCUUGCAUGCACUUAGCAGAAUAGUUUUGCAGGACAGACGUCUUGCUCUGCUGUCCAGCCUUCUCUACUGCAUCACACCUGCCAAUGUUUUCAUGACUGCUGGAUACUCAGAGAGCCUGUUUGCUGCCCUCACUUUUGGUGGUCUGUUCCUCCUGGAGAAAGGAUUCACCUUCCGAGCCUGCUUGGCCCUCAGUAUAGCCACUGCGGCACGAUCCAAUGGACUUGUCAACAUCGGAUAUCUACUGUAUCUUCCCUCGCUGCACGCCAUUUCUCAGAUUCGUGUGUAUCGUACAACGACAAAAGGCCACAUUAAAUUAUUCCACUACAUGUGGGUCGUCAUUCGUCUCCUGCUCACCUCCCUCUUGGGAACUGCAAUUAUUGCCCUUCCCUUCUGUGCUUUCCAGUACUAUGGGUAUAGGACGUUUUGCACACCAUCCGUCUCCCUGGAGCGGAUCCCCCCCGCUCUUCUGUCGCUCGCUGAACGGAAGGGCUACCGGGUUCCAGAUGAAAAUGGUCCACCACCCCUCUGGUGCAUGAGACCCCUCCCCCUACUUUAUUCUCAUAUCCAGGACGUGUAUUGGGACGUGGGCUUCCUCCGUUAUUUUGAGCUGAAGCAGAUACCGAACUUUAUUCUGGCUCUACCUAUGGCUACCCUCGGCAUAAUGGCAGCUUAUGCAUAUUUUCAAGCUAAUCCAGAACUGUGCCUGAGACUUGGACUUUGGGAAACGGGUGCGACGAAAGGGCUUGACAAACCCACACCGGGAUUCUUCAACCCCAGAGUUUUUGUGUAUGUUGUACAUUCAACAGUACUCCUGGUGUUUGGAACAUUGUGCAUGCACGUGCAGGUUCUAACCAGAUUCAUGGCCUCCUCCUCUCCUGUGCCGUUCUGGAUAAGUGCUCAUCUGCUCCUCCUCAAUGAGCCACUUCUUCAUCGAAGGAAAACAUCAAACCCCAACGUACAGCUACAGACACAUUCCAGAAAUGGAUGCAAGCACACACCUCAAAACCCCAUCACUGCGCUGCUGCCACAUUUUAAAACCUGUUCACCUACGACACAGAGCAUCCUGGGAUACUUCCUCUCUUACUGGGUGCUGGGGCUCACGCUACAUUGUAACUUUUUGCCAUGGACUUGACUUUAGGCAUUACUCUGAGCUUUAAAUGCAAUAUUUCUAUGUGGGACUGGGCUGUUUACCAUAUUUUAAUUUAUAUGAAUCCACACACAGGUGUUUUUUCAGUAUAUCAUCAUCCAUAGUCAUUUUUUAUGCCAGUAAUUGUUAAAUAGUUCAGUACAAUAUUGCAUUACAAAGAGAUUGUGAAAAUUUCUGUCAAUGUCACAUUUAUUUUUAAGUAGAUUACUGUAUUUUGUUUUUGGGAGAAAAACAAUAUCCAAACCAAAGAAAACUACAAAAAAAUGCUUUGCCUCCUAUUUGGGUUAUGUAGCCCAGUCCUACAUAGACCUUAAUGACAUGAUUACAUUUUUGAUGCAGAUUUAUUCAGGCAGUAGAUUUGCACAUCUUAGUCAAAUGUGUUUGUAGUUGUUUGAAAUUAAACUAAAUUGUAAAAUAUACCUGAAAAUUAAUUCAACACUUUGGUUGUACUUGAAAAAAAAACAAUAUUUUUAUUUCAUGCUUAGUUCUCGCUGAAACAUUCUGAUUUUAUUUACUCAGUUUAAUGUUGCACUGCAUGUUUGGAAGAAUUAUUCCAAGUUACAGUUUGGGACUUUUGGAUGUCAAUGAAAAAAAUAAAGAUUCUG